CCCCAGCCGCCCAUAUAGCGUAGCUCUGGCACGCACGCACACCAUUGUGUGGCUGGACUCGGCCGCCGCUGCGGUGUGAGGCGCGUGUUCGGGCCCUCGCCGUCCCCGCACCCGCACCGCGGCUACUGCCUUGCUGUCCGCCGUCCGACAGCCAGCCUUCGGGACCUCGCCCACCACGGACAUGCCUCGCGUCUACAUAGGACGCCUGAGCUACAACGUCCGGGAGAAGGACAUCCAGCGCUUUUUCAGCGGCUAUGGCCGCCUCCUCGAAGUAGACCUCAAAAAUGGGUACGGCUUCGUGGAGUUCGAGGACUCCCGCGACGCCGACGACGCCGUUUACGAGCUGAACGGCAAGGAGCUCUGCGGUGAGCGCGUGAUCGUGGAGCACGCCCGGGGCCCGCGUCGCGAUCGCGACGGCUACAGCUACGGAAGCCGCAGUGGUGGAGGUGGAUACAGCAGUCGGAGAACCUCUGGCAGAGACAAAUAUGGACCUCCUGUUCGUACAGAGUACAGGCUUAUUGUAGAAAAUCUUUCUAGUCGUUGCAGUUGGCAAGAUUUAAAGGAUUUCAUGCGGCAAGCAGGUGAAGUAACAUAUGCAGAUGCUCACAAAGAACGUACAAAUGAAGGUGUAAUUGAAUUUCGCUCCUACUCUGACAUGAAGCGUGCUUUGGAUAAACUGGAUGGUACAGAGAUAAAUGGCAGGAAUAUUAGACUUAUUGAAGAUAAGCCACGAGCAAGCCAUAGGAGGUCUUAUUCUGGAAGCAGAUCUAGGUCACGUUCAAGAAGGAGGUCACGAAGUAGGAGUCGCAGGAGCAGCCGCAGUAGAUCUCGAAGUGUCUCAAAAAGUCGCUCCCGAUCCAGGUCACGGAGCAAAGGUCGAUCACGUUCUCGAUCAAAAGGCAGGAAAUCUAGAUCAAAAAGCAAAUCUAAGCCCAAGUCUGAUCGGGGUUCCCAUUCACAUUCUCGAAGCAGAUCUAAGGAUGAGUAUGAAAAGUCCCGAAGCAGGUCUCGAUCUCGGUCCCCCAAAGAAAAUGGAAAAGGUGAUAUAAAGUCAAAAUCCAGAUCAAGGAGCCAGUCUCGUUCCAAUUCACCCCUUCCUGUUCCACCCUCAAAGGCUCGUUCUGUGUCCCCUCCACCAAAAAGAGCUACUUCAAGAUCCCGUUCUAGAUCUCGCUCAAGGUCAAGGUCCAGAUCAAGUUCCAGAGAUUAACCCAGAACUCUACAUUCUUUGCACACUAUUAUGGAACACUUUCCUACUUGCUUAGGCAGUUACUCUUCCAUGUUUAUACUUGGCCUCUUCUGCAAGAGGAAUCUCCUGAGAGCAGGAGCACACAAAAAUUUGAUUUGUGGCCAAAUUUGAUGAAAAAGAUGAGGUUCUAAAAUGGUGGCAUGAAGUCAAAGACCCUCUCCCUUCUUUGUAGAAUUAAGAUAACUUUGAUUUUAUAGCUUUUGAGCUAAAAUAACUUUUGUAAAGAUUAAGCUCAUUUAGAUUUUUUUUUUAAGUAUUUUCAGCAGGAUCUGCUGCAGGGUUUUUUUUUUGUUGUUUCAUUUGUUUGCUUAUUUUUAAAUUAACCGUUUCAAGCUUUGGAUACUUAAGGCUUUAGAGGGAGAAUCCAAUUUUCAAUUAUGUUGGCUUUUUAUAAAGCUUGAGUUAUGUAAGAUUUAAAUAAAAGUUUGCUACCAAGAUGAUUGCCUUAUUGAAUAGGUCACUAUCAAAUUCCUUUAAUGUUGAUAUCUGCUAUUUGUGGAAACAGUGUAAAUUCUACUAAAGUGUAAAACAAGGCAAGCCUCAGACCAGCAAUAAAUUAUUCAGUUUGGAUAACAUUAUUUUGUGCUGUUAAUCAAAUUUGCCAAAGUCUUUAUCUGCCCCUCUAACAAGUUGGGUUAAAAAUAAAAAGAUAUUUUGUAGUCAAUCUAUAACACAA